AGCGAAAGUCCCGUGCCACGACGGAUGCUUCUUCAUGUCAUUUAGUGUUGUUUUCUUGUUGUCUUUUUCUGUGCGACCCUUCAGGAAAAACAGCGUCUGGCUCCGCCCCCGAAAAACGGUACGGUAGGUCUAAGCUCUACCAUGACAAACCAUGGGCUCUUGAUUGGGUAGGUGGCCUUCAUAUGCCGGGUUGCGGAGCCGUUGUCUUUUUUAGCGAUGACAAUGACCUGAGUUGGUACCGCUGCGGAGGGGUGGAGAAAUUGGAAGCGGGGAGGUUUACCUACGACGGCAGGAAGUUCAGGAUCUUCUUCCUUACGUCUUUCUAUGACAGAGAGGGGAAAAAUUGGGUCAAGGAAGAUAAGAAGGUGUCUCUUGACCAUCGGCUCUUCCAAGGAUACGGGGUCAAGGCUUUGUCGAUGAAAACGUUUGACGCGCGCGGAAACGGAACGGAGUUCCAAAUGCUGGAUCCGGAAAAGUUUCUUUCCAAAACCAAUGGCUACCGCGUGACUGGUUCCCUGCCUGUCGUCGACAGCGCUUUUAUGCUCAGCAGACCUUUGGUCCAAUUCAAUAGCCCGGCGGACCAACUCGCAGCUUUCGUUAUGCGAUACACGGAAGAGUUCGCGAGGCUGCCUGCUGCCCAGCAAGUUGACCGUGUUUUCGCUCUGCCCGCUCCGGUUCCGCCCUCGGAUCGGCAAGGUCGCGAUGCGGCCGAGCAGUCCAGCGAGGCCACAGACUACGACGACGGAGCUGUGCGCUAUCGGGCUGGUCCCCAGCAUCGUUCACGGGGAGGUGCAGGUACCUUCGAUGACGAGGAAUGCGAGGGCCAAGAUGGAAAGGGCGGUGGUUGGGAUGGGGAGGGCGGUGGUGAGGAGGGGGAGGGCGAUGGUGAGGAGGAGGAGGGUGGUGGUGAGGCAGACGACGGUAACGAAGGAGAUGCUGAAGGUGAGGACGAUGGCAUGGACGAGGAGAGAGACGAUGUUGGUGAGGAAGUCGAAGACAAUCGCUCCUCCCAAUUUCACCGUCGCCACCACAACAAAUCGCAGGGGCGCCGUGAGGACGACGCCUGCCGCGUCGGUGACGCGGUCGAUGCUGGUGGCCAGCCUGCAGCCUCCCGCGGAAUGUCGCAAUCCUAUGACCAGACGAAGGAUGGGAGAGACGAACCUGACUCACGGGGAAAGCGAAAGAGGGGAGAGGCGUCGACCUCUCCUGCGAGUCGAACAAAACAGGCGCGGGCCGACGCCGUCAAUGAAGCUCGCGGAGCGUUGACGGCAUCACAGGAAGCACGGGCUCCUCAGAAAACUGGUGGGGGGGGGCGAAGUGGCAGCUGUGGGGGCGGUCGCGGCGGCGGUAGGAAAGGCUCGCAAAGGUCCAGGGCACCUGAGCUGCGGGUCCCUCGGCGACUUGGAGGAGUGGAGGAGGCGAGGCAAGGUGCGGGCUUGGGGCCUACAAAAGUGAUGUACAAGAAGGCUCCGUUUCACUUCAAGGUCUUUAUAUACACCACGAUCGAUAAGCUUGAUAUGCUUCGAGCGGAGGUGAAACGGAUCGCCUCCAGUGCACGCCAUCUUGUGUGGGACAAACUCAGCAGGCAGACCACAUUGCUUCCUGUAUGCAUGCGGUCAAAGGAGGUUAUGGUGGCGCCCGUCGACAUCGUCGCAGCCACACAAAAAAUGGCAUGCAAGGCCGCCAUCGUGGAUAUCUCGGCCGCGAAUUUCAGCAGUGCAUGGACCUCGCAAGACUUCAAUGCACUGUACGCAAUGAUGGCGAAGUGUUGUGGUCCAAAUUGGGUUGAGCGCGCCGCUGCGCUCGAGAGCAUGGACGUGGACUCCCGAGAAGAUGCCGCCCCUGUGCCCGAGGCGGCCACAGGGAACACGAUGGGUGAACAAAGGGAAGAUGGCGGGACGACGUUCGGCGUGAAGCUUUCGUUGCCAGAGGCGGGGAACACGCCCGCAGGCAAAAACACCAUCGGAGCCAUCUCUGUCGCAACGGGGGAUACAUCACAAGGUGAAAAAGUGUCACUCGACAAGCCGGCAGAUGGGGGGGCCACAUACGGGAGUCUUCUCGCGACAAGUGUGGCGCUGGCAGGCACAUCGGAGAUGGUGUCAGAGUCCACUACUGGGAUGGGCGUCACGGGGAUGUUGUUGCAUCCGCCCACAUGCACUAGCAAAGGUGACGCACACUGUACAACAACACCACAGGGAGGGGUCACAGGGGAGGACGAGAAUGGGGGAAAUGCAGGGGGGUCUCCACGUUCUCGCAAUAUUGAGGACAUGACGACGGACGAUGAGGAUGGGGUAGAAGGCGGAAAGGGCGUGAGCGAUCCCACGCGUGCAGAAAAUGAGGGGUGAGACAGGGAAUGAACUUGAGGGGAAUCC